CUGAAAAUGUCCAACAACAGGCUCCUCGGGCAGAUCCAGCGGCCUCCUCAACCCCCGGCGCCGAUCCUGGGCGCGGUGCACCUGGACGACUGUCCGCGGCAGCCCCUCAUCCCCGUCUACCUGGUGGUGGUGGGCGCCUUCGGCCUGGCCCUGGGCGUGCUGGCCUGCCUGCCCUGCGCCCGCCAGCCCGAGGACGGCGGGCCGGCCAACCCGCUGGCCCGCGUCUGCGCCGCCUGGAACUCGCUGACCAGCUUCUUCCUCUUCUGCUGGUUCAUCACCGGUAACGUGUGGAUUUACUCCAUCUACGAGCCCAACUACAACAAAAACACGACCAGCGUGGACCCGUUCUGUGACCGGACGCUCUACCAGUUUGCCUUCUGGACCACCACGCUGGUCUACAUCCUGCUGGGUUUGUUCCUGCUGGGGGGCUUCUGCGUCCUGCUCUGCUUCUGCCUGUGCGGCCGGGCCGACCCCGACCACGAGAUCUGA